AUGAAGUCCUUCGCUGUCAUCUCUUCCCUCGUCGCGGCCGUCGCCGCUGCUGGCCACUGCGGUGGUGACAACUGCGCCCGUCAGGUCACCGGUACCCGUGACGGUCUUCUUGCCGUCACCUCCCGCCAGGUCGACUGCUCCAGCUUCAUGAAGACCACCAUCGUCCCUGAUGCUACCACCACCACCGUCACCGUCACCGUUGACCCCGAUGCGCCCAAGCUCAAGCGCGAGAACCAGCACGAGGUCCGCGCCGCCACCGAGAUCCCUACCGCCGUCCCCGCCUACGCCUCCGGCUGCGACAGCGCCGCGCGCUACUCCUCGGCCUGCUCCUGCUGGGGCAUCACCGCCAGCGCCACCACCGCUGCCCAGCCCACCAAGACCGUCACCGUCACCGUGACCAGCGACUACUGCGAGGACCUGUAA